AGAGCGGGCGGGCGAGUGAGCAGAGCCGCCGCCUUGCCAAGCGCUGAGCCUGGCUGCUGGGGCUGGAGGGCUGCCCCGGAGCCCACCCCGGAGCCCCUUCCCCGGCGCCGAGGCUCCCUGCCAGGCGGGCGCUGCUGCUCCUUCGCCAUGCACCCGGGGCCCAAGGACACCACCUUCACCAAGAUCUUCGUCGGGGGGCUGCCCUACCACACCACCGACGCCUCGCUCAGGAAGUACUUCGAGGGCUUCGGGGACCUGGAGGAGGCCGUCGUCAUCACCGACCGCCAGACGGGCAAGUCCCGCGGAUACGGCUUUGUGACCAUGGUGGACAGAGCUGCAGCUGAGCGGGCAUGCAAGGAUCCCAAUCCCAUCAUCGAUGGCCGGAAAGCAAAUGUCAACCUAGCAUAUCUGGGAGCAAAACCAAGGAGUAUUCAAACCGGUUUUACCUUAGGGGUGCAGCAGUUACAUCCAGCUCUCAUUCAGCGACCUUAUGGGCUCGCACAUCACUUUAUCUACCCUCAAGCAAUCGUUCAGCCUAGCGUGGUCAUCCCAACCCCGGUACAGUCCAUCACAUCUCCAUACAUAGACUACACAACCGCAAGCCAGGCCUACUCUCAGUUCACCGCUGCUGCCUACGACCAGUACCCAUACGCUGCCUCCCCAGCUGCCGGUUUCAUGGGAUAUGGCUACACAAGCGCUGUUCAACAACCGCUCACGGCCGCCAACCCUCCAGUUGCAGCUCCCACGGCUUUUGUGCAGUACCAGCCAACACAACUACAGCCUGACCGUAUGCAAUAGAAACCCUCGCCUUGGACCCUGCCCACCACCCCUGCUAGGAAGGCUGCUUUUUUUCUGGCCAUGAUGGAACAGAAUGAUUUGGAAAUGGUGGUGGUAGGAAUCUGUCAAAUGACAAAGGAAAGCAAACAUUUUUUUAAAAAAAAAGUUAAGCUUUUUAAAACAACCACAACCUUAUUAAGAAGAAUGCAUAUCAAUACCUAAGCUAUUUAUAGUAUUACAGAAAAGGGUUUUUUUAAAAAAAAAAUCAGUGCAAAAGAGACUUACACAGUGAACUUCGGGCCAAGCACUCAUUUUUAAAAAAAAUCAAUACAAAUAUUAUUGCAGAGAUGGACUAGAAAUAACUUUUUUCCCUCUUAAGUGAAAAAACUACAGGUUCUGGCACACUUGCAGCCAUCUAGUUCUAUCGCUAUCAUCUUCUUCCUGCUACUGAAGAUGUUCCAUACAAACAUUUUUAUACACUGCUUUCCCCUCUCUGCCUGGCUGCCACCUUUGAACUCUACAGUUUGAUUAUGUACCCCCUUCACUGGAGAAAUGAAGAGGGGAAAAAAGCAAAUGCUUUCUCUUUCAGCUCAUAUUAAAACUUUGUAAUACUCAGAUGCCUUACAGGAAAAAAGAAGAACCUAUUUUUAAUAUUUAUUGUGCUCUCCUUAUUCACAGGAACUGUGAAUUGCAGAUAAAAGAAAAGUAGUAUCUGCCUUGUUUAAUUCUCAACUAAAUUAUUCUAUGUAGGUGGGAAAGGAAGUUGCUAAGUAACUGCUAACUCGCUUUUCAACAUGCAAAAAGGGAAUAUUGGCUUUAAGGACGGUGGAAUAUUCCUUUAGUCAACGCACUGUAAUUUUUCUUAAUGUUAAACGUUACUCUUAAGAUUAUCUCAAAGUUUUAGGUAUAUUUUUAAAGUAAAAGAAGGAAAAAGAAUAUCGAACUUAUUGUCUACUUUAAUAGAUCUUUUGUCUACAAUGCUGCAAAGUCUAGAGAAAUUUUACAGUAUUUAUAUAAAAGUAAAAUGGGGUCAUGGGCCAUCCAUGCUUAGAAGAAUGCCAGGAAUGGAGCAGAGUUCUACAAUGGUGUUACACACUUAACAAAAAGGUUUUAAAAAGUGACAUUUUUACAAACCUGGUGGUACAUACCACUACAUAAAAGACAAUGUAAGUUAAGCGCAUUUUUACAAAGAAGAGCAAUAAAAUAUUUUGAUUUUUAAACCAA